GUCAGAUGUGCGCGGACGUCGGUCACUGCGCGAGCCGUCGGGUUUCCUGUACGUUCAAACCAUUCGGUUGUAUUUUCGAAAUAGAGGACCGGGACAUUUAACGUCUCCAACCACAGUCAACAGGGUGUCGCGAAGAGACGCGGGCUCGCCCUGCCAACUCUGCUAGCGGAACCGGGCGGAACCGGGCGGACCCGGCGGAACCGGCGGGGACAGUCACCGAGAACACUUUAAGUCCUACAGCCUGCCGCAAACACGCAGAUUCACCGAGACAACAUGAAGGAGAAGACUCUGAUAGAGACGGCGAAGAUGCAGGGUAACGUACUGGAGCUGGUGGGAAGCAACCCUCCACAGAGGAACUGGAAGGGAAUAGCGAUUGCUCUUCUUGUCAUUCUGGUCAUCUGCUCACUAAUCGUCACCUCCGUCAUCCUGCUGACACCAGGUGAAGAUGACAACCUGGCCAUGAAGGCCAAAGUGACAGUGGAAGAUACCUUCAGAAAGGACUUUAAAGUUCACGACCCCAGUGCUAAAUGGAUCAGCGGUAAGGAGCUCCUCUAUCGCUCCCGUGAAGGUGAUGUGGUCAAGUUCGAUGUGGAGAUGAAUGAGAUCACAGUGCUGGUGCCCAACAGGAAGUUUGAAAUGUACAAAGCCAGCAGGUACGAGGUGUCUCCUGACAUGAAGCACGUGUUGCUGGCCUACAAUGUGCAGCCGGUGUACCAGUAUUCCUUCAAUGCAUACUACAUCAUCUGCAGUCUGGAGACUCCGGAAACAUGGAUCCUGAACCCUCCAGAAGUGCGUAAUGCUUAUCUUCAGUAUGCAGGAUGGGGGCCACAAGGCCAGCAGCUGAUUUUCAUUUUUGAGAAUAAUAUCUACUAUCGGGCGACCGUAGAGAACCGAUCGAUCCGUCUGGUUUCGACUGGCAAAGAAGACGUCAUAUUCAACGGACUCAGUGAUUGGCUGUAUGAAGAAGAGAUGUUUCAAUCCCACAUUGCCCACUGGUGGUCCCCAGACGGUGCCCGGCUGGCAUAUGCCACCAUCAACAACACACUGGUGCCCAAGAUGGAGGUGCCCAUGUUCACAGGGUCCCUGUACCCAACAAGCAGAGAGUACCACUAUCCUAAAGCAGGAGAGGAGAACCCCAUCAUCUCCCUGUAUGUAGUCAACCUCAACGGCCCCCUGCACACCAUCGAGAUGCGGAAACCUGAAGACCCGAGGAUAGGAGAGUACUACAUAACCAUGGUGAAGUGGGCCACAAGCACGAAGCUGGCAGUGAACUGGCUAAACCGAGCCCAGAACAUCUCCAUCCUAACGCUGUGUGAGGCCACCACAGGUGUAUGCGCCAAGAAACACGAAGACGAGAGUGAGAGCUGGCUGCACAGACAGAACGAAGCACCCCUGUUCUCCAGGGACGGACUGAAGCUCUUCUUCACCCGGGCCAUCCCACAAGGCGGCAUGGGGAAGUUCUUCCACAUCUCCAUGGCAAUCUCUCAGUCCAACACCAGCUCAGACACGUUGCAGUCCAUCACAUCAGGUGACUGGGACGUCACCCAGGUUCUGGCCUACAGCGAGAACAGCCAGCUAAUAUACUUCCUAAGCACCGAGGACGACCCUAAACGACGACACCUGUACAGUGCUGACACAGUUGGUCCAUUCAAUCGCCGCUGCCUCUCCUGUGAUUUCGCGGACAGCUGUGGGUAUGUGAACGGUCACUUCAGCCACGACAUGACCUACUUCCUGCUCAACUGUAAAGGUCCUGGUGUUCCGUUUGUGGCAGUUUACCAUACACAGGACAGGGGAAAGCUGUUCGACAUCGAGCUGAACCUGAACCUCCGGAGGACCAUGGAUUCCCUGCAGAUGCCCAUAAUAGAAUAUAGGACGAUAGACAUCGAAGACUACGCGUUGACUAUGCAGAUCCUAAAACCUGCUGGCUUCAUAGACACGGCACAUUACCCGCUACUGCUGAUAGUAGAUGGAACUCCGGGAGGUCAGGUGGUCUCGGAGCAGUUCCGGGUGGACUGGGCCACUGUGCUGGUGAGCAGUUUCGAUGUCAUCGCGGUGCGUUUGGAUGGGCGUGGCAGUGGAUUCCAGGGCACCAACCUCCUCCAUAAAGUUCAACGCAGGCUGGGCAAGUUUGAGGAAGAGGAUCAACUCAAGGCCCUCAGCACUAUUGCUAAGGAGCAGUACAUUGAUAAAACCAGGAUUGGGGCUUUUGGACAGGUAUAUGGGGGCUAUAUCACCAGCCUUCUCCUCAGCUCUGAAGAGUCCAUGCUGAGGUGUGGAGCAGUUCUUUCACCCAUAACAGACUUCGAGCUUUAUGCGUCUGCUUUUUCAGAGCGAUAUCUGGGCCUUCCAAAACCAGACCGACGAGCAUAUGAGAUGACCAACCUAGCAUACCGAGCGUCUCAGUUUGUUGAUAAGAAGUUUUUGAUCAUUCAUCCGACUGCAGAUGAAAAAGUCCAUUUUCAGCACACAGCCAAAUUCAUCUCCAAGUUAAUCAGUGAGAAGGCAAACUACACCCUACAGAUCUAUCCAGACGAGGGUCACUUUAUCCACAGCGAGGCAACAAAGCAGCACCUCAGCCAGUCUCUGGUCAACUUUUUCGAAGAGUGCUUCAGGCUACCAGACAAAGUGUUGGAGGAAGCUCAGCAGGAAGAGAGCGAAGAUGAAGGUCUGCUCUCCUGUCUCCUGCCUCGGUGUGCGGGAUGAACUCGGAGACUCGGCAACUGGUGGUGUUACUGGUUAUGACUAUGGAUGUUCAUGUUGAUCAGUGGCUGCAGACGAGGGACCAAUGGCAUUAGGGGAUUCCACUUCACCGGAAAAUCACAGGACCAUCACUUUGUAGACCAAAUGUUGGGAGGAGGCACAUUGUGGAAUGUGGCAUGAAAGCAUCUGCCAAAAUAAACGUUAUUUUAACAUCGUC